UAUAUACACUUGAGUAACAUACCAAUGAAGAAACGACCUAAAACGACCCAGCGCCAGCGGCCAGCGUCCAUCAUCAUACUUUAAACAGUCCAAACUAAACCAAAUGUCGACGCCGUCAAAAGUACCGGAAGGACUUUAUCUGGCUGUAAAGAGUUGUUCAAAAGUGUCUUUUCGUGGAUUAGUGGGUUCCAUACUACAUAGUAAACAUCGCCUUAGCUUGGUGUAAGCGAUACAAACAGUCGUGGGCUGAUUUAUCGUGAGUCUUCAACGAGUUGGGAAAAAUGCUUAGGACGAAGUGCCAUGUUGACUUGAAAUAUAUAGAAACACGGAGCUUUUAUCCAUUUAACUAUGGUAUGAGUAACAGUUUUGAGACUUAAGGGUCAAGCUGACUUGUGAUUAAUAAGUAUAUUUUUCUGUUAAAAAAGUAUUCGAGUGGUGAACGAUAAGCAGGUUGCCUUUUUUUAUAAGGCAGUAGUUAGCAAAAAUCUUUGUAUAUAGGCAUUUAACAUUUUUAUUAGUGAUUAAUAAUGAGUGCUAAUAAUAGUAGUGCAGAUAAUAACAGUGGAAAAGAGAAAUCUGUCUCAGAAGCCACUACCACUGUGCAACAGACUGUGGCUCAAAACUUGACCACCAUACAAAAUCUGCAAACAGUGCCGAAUAUACAGAACAUACAGAAUGUGCAAAAUGCAGUGUCUGGUAGUAUGCAAAGCAUCCAGACUGCACAGACAGUUGCUGGACAGACUGCUUCUUUGGUGGGCAAAUCUAUCUCGUUAGAUCUCAAUUCUUCUAAGCUUCUUAUGAAGCCAGCAAUAGCAUCCAACAUUGUUACUUCUGAAAAUAGCAAAAUAGUGAAUACAGCAUUUUGUCCUGGCUCUACAGUUAAAAUAAUCACGCAGAACACUAUACUAAACACUAUAGAGCGUCAAAUUCAGUCACAAGUACAGCAAGGUACUCAGUCAACACAACAGAUUGUGACUGGCAUUCCAUCGACAUACCAUGUACCAAUAGGACCAGCUGCCGUUGCCAAUAUUGCAAAUCCGCGUUCUAAAGUGGCAACUCCACUAGUAAGAACGCUCAAUUCAGGACAGCAAUUACCCAUCUCCAGACCUGGUAACUCAUCAACUUGUGGUAAGCCUCGUGCUCCUGUGGGAGUCGCUAAUAUUCCUAUCUCAAGAGCCUCGGAUGCCUCUCCACAUAAUAGUGCUGCAGACUUUGCUAAAACAGUGACCAUUUACAAGUCUCGUUCAGAUUCACAGGAGCAUGGAACUUCAGAUGUUGCUAGGACACUUUCCAAUGAACAUUCUAAAAUACCGCUUAAAAAAAGAGCAUUAAUUUUUCGUGUUAAUCCCGCAACAACAGCAACGACGCAAUGGCAGACAAAAGCUUCUUCAGUUGUGUACACACAAACUCAGCGGCCCUCAGUACCCGUAGUGAGCCGUCCAGUGGGUCGUCCAGGUACCGCCACGAUCUUUACAAGCCAAUCGCAACAACAGCAGCAGCAGCAGCCCCAGACCCAGCAACCUCAGCAGCAGCUGCAGCAACAACAGACUCAAUCCCAGUCGCAGCAAUCGUCGUCUCAGCAGACACCAACGUCCCAGCCUCAACCGCUAUCACAGCAACAACAACAGUCACAACCACGACUAGUGAAUCCAAACUCAUUGAGCGCGAUCAGGCCGAUGCAGACGACAGUAUUGGCGUCGACUUCAACACGGCUAAUAGCACCGAUAAUCCAGGCGCCGAAUGCAAUCUCACGGUUACCCAUUCCAACCAGACCGCCCACCCCGCAGAUUGUCAUGAACAUGCCACAAGCCACUCAAGCCAUGAAUAGGCCAGUCCCCCAAAUCCAGCCCAAUCCAACGAGUAGGCCUCUUGCAAGUGCCCCUAUCAAUCGAGUGUCUGUGACAACUCCAGUCAUAGGAGCACCAAACAGGGUAGUUGCAGUCACGUCUGUGCAAACAUCAAUAGGGCGUCAAUUGACUAUAAACACUAUCGCAGGUGCAUCCCCUGGAAGUGUUGGCCGCAUCGUUAUCCCACAGCAAGCUCUGGCUACUUCAAAAAUACAAAUUCAGCAGCCGCAGUCAACGCCACAGCAGCAACAACAGCCUCAGGCUGGGACGACCCGAGUCGUGCAAGCUGUAGCGCCUAUAGCUAAUUUCAGCUCAGUGGGCCGAGUGAUCACGACGACAUCGACAAACGCAACAGUCGCGGCUAAUGUGACCCGCGUUGCUCAAACCGGUCCUACUUCUAUUGCUAGAAUAACAGGCAUGUCGUUGCACCCCUUGCCUGCAUCAUUGACACCUGGUCGUACUGUCACGCCUCUGAAAGUAACGACUCAGACGUCGGGUAUUCAGACAGUGCAGCUAAAACAAAUACCUCCGAUGAUACAGCCCCAAACUCUCCAACCCCAACAACCCCAGCAACAGACCCCGCAGCUUCAAUCCCAGCCUCAGCCUCAGCUCCAGCCCCAGCAGCAGCAACAACAACAACCACCACAACCACAACCACAACCACAGCUGGUGCAACAGUCGGGAGCGGCAUUACAGCGAGCAAUCGGGGCUGCGAUUAAUAGUGCAAACGCUUUAUCAACUGCUGUUUCCACUGCAUCGAUCGUCACAAGUCAACCACAGCCCAGCCAACUGCAAGGGCAAUACCUCCAUCCAUCCCCGCAUUCAACAACUUACUAUUCCAUCGAUGCAUCUGGCAACUAUUCGCAGUUUCGACCAACUUCGAUGCCACCAGUUCGGUUACUCGUAGACCAAGGAUUUGAUGAGCCACUGGGUAAACCGAACGCUUCUCCUAGGCCCAGCAUAUUAAGAAAAAGGGAUGUUGAUAGCUCUCCAGGAAAAAAUAUUGCGAAGAAUCUGGUUCCGGUGCUGGCCGCUCUCUCAGCGUCCUCAACAACUAGCCCUCCUAGUUCGCCUAAAAUCGACAGGGAUGGCGGUAAUCACAGUUCAGGCUCAACAACUGUCUCGGCCACUUCCUCUCCAGGACUUGACGAGGAACCCGAACAAUCGAGGAUCCCGAUGAACACGACCGUGGAGAUGUCUCCGCGCAAGAAGCCUCGUAAGCAACAGCUCACUGGUGUCGAAUUGACUGAAGCUCGAUGUACCGAUGAAGACAUGCAGUUUAUCACAGAAGAGAAGAUCAAAAAGGAAAAUAUAGAUGAGAAUGUGAGGGACAAGUACAGUGAUAAAAAAUCAAGUCAAAGUCAGCAGGAAAAUAAGCCGCAACAAACUCCGCCGGUCAAAUCAAAACCAUCGCUCAGUAUGAUAGGCAAUUCAUGGAAGAAUCAAUACGGUGGAAGAUUACACCAUUAUAAACGACCUAGUGAUGUGAAACCACGGGACGACAAAAAAUUAUCUUUAACCGAAAUAGCGCAACAAAAACAAGUGUUACAGAAAAUCAAUGGAUGGAAAUUGCAUCAUCUGAAAACUCAAUUGGAAGAUCUAUCAGAUGCUGAAAAAUCGGCUUACAAAACAGUUAAGGCAACUAUGACAGAUACGGAACAUUUGCGAGGUAGAAAUGACAAAGACGACGCUAUAUUGGAUAAAAUAAACGAGCUGUGUAAGGGAAAUAUGCAACGACAUAAUUUAGUGAGUGAAGGACUAAAAGAGUCAAACGAUCAACUAUUUACAAUGCUGAACAAACAUAAACCUCACGUUAGGAAUCUAUUACAAAGUAAUUGUAAUAAGAGAGUGCAAAAGAAGAGAUAAUUGGUUAUUUACGUGUGUAAAAUUAAAAAUAGCUUUAAGUAAAGACUAUACAAGUAUAUAAUUACACAUGAAGAUGAAUUUUGGAGAAAUACGUUAUU